AUGUCUUCGUUUACUAUAAAAGUAGAGGUCCAUUCGAACCCUCUUGCACUAGACGAAACGUGGCGGAUCCCAGUUUUCGAUGGAGAAGCCUCCGAGUCAUUUCCACAAGCCACACCAAUAUCUAGCAAGUUAGAAUCAACUGCACAGCUUGCGGAUGAUGUGCAAGGCGUUUCUUACCCCAAGACGCCACUUGGAGUGGACCUUGCAGGGCUCUUUGCGGAGAACGUCCUAGCCAAAAUAUACAGAACUGCAACCGGAUCCAUCUCCUUCUCUGCGGAAUCCAGAGCAAACAUCUCCCAAGGCAUCACGCCCUCAUUGGAAUCAAUACCGCGUGCGUUUCCCGAGUAUGUGCCGCAGGAUGGACCAAGGUCCGGGCAUUACGAGCUUCGGGAGCCAGAGUUCUGGACAUGCGGUUUCUUUCCAGGAUCUCUUCACGGGAUCCUGGAGCGGCUCACGAGAUUCCCUCAGUCAAUAAAGCUUCCCAAUUGCAACAAUAACCGCGAGAAUCGGCUACAAAUUGCGAAACUUCGGUCUGACUUCUUCGCCUUGUGCCAAAUUUGGGCUGAGCACCUGCACGCCAUGGCAAGUCGAACCGACACACAUGAUAUCGGUUUCAUCAUCAUGCCAGCUUUGCGACUGAACUGGGAGCUCACGGGCAACACAAGAACCCUCGACUCCAUCAUCCGCGCCGCACAAAGCCUUGCAUCUAGAUUCGUGCCGUCAGCGAAAGCCAUACGCAGCUGGGACGCAAGGAUCCAAAAGAACAUCCAAAUCACUUGCAUGGAUCAGAAUCUCAUUCUCAUUAUCGACAGCCUCUGCAAUCUUGAUCUUCUUUACUAUGCCUCGAACCACUGUUCGGAUGGAGCCGAACUAUAUGACAUUGCAACAGCGCACGCUACCACGCUGCUGCGAACCCAUCUCAGGCCUGAAAACUUUACUUCGGCCUCUGACAACGCAUAUCGAGGACGGUGCUAUUCCACUUACCAUGUCGCUAAUUUGGAACCACAGACGGGGAAUAUCAAAAAGCAGUUCACUGCGCAAGGCCAUUCAGAUACCUCAACGUGGGCCAGGGGUCAGGCCUGGGCAAUUCUUGGAUACGCACAAACGUACAUGUGGACCAAGGACAAGAAAUUCCUUCAAGCGUCCUGCGGCCUGGCCGAGUACUUUAUGCACCGGCUAGAAGCUGGCCCGCCCUUUUUGGACGCCGACAUGGCGGAUAACAUCAUUGAUGCGGCGCCCGGCAGGCAUCGCGGAGGCCGCUACGUGCCCUUGUGGGAUUUUGAUGCCCCCAUCGAGGAUCCUUCGACCCCGCUACGAGACUCUUCUGCUGGAGCCAUUGCGGCCAAUGGAAUGCUUGUCCUUUCUCAGGGGCUGGCAGGCGCGGGGUAUGACAAUCUAGCGGCUAGAUUUCGCAGCUCUGCCAUAGACCUAGCUCACGACCUCGUCAACUUUGCUGUCGCUCCGGAGAAGGCUAGGUUCGUGGCCGGAGCAAAUGGUGACGUCCGGGUAGAGGAUGUCAUUCAAGGGUGCACAUUCGACGGUAUUCUGAAGUUUGGGACAGCGAACAAUAACGAGAAUGCACAGAAGCGAUACGCUAAUCAUGGGCUAGUAUACGGUGAUUACUAUUUGGUGGAACUUGGAAACCGACUCCUCAGGAUGGGAUUAGACUAG